GCCAAUCACAAGCUAGAGCUACUAUUCAACCAGUGUACCCUCUCCGUUCACAAGUGUAGGGGAAAAAAGGACGCUCAGGGCUUUAUUAUUGACCUUUGGGGCUGACCACGGGCACAGUGGGAGUUUGACUGACAUCCUCCUCAGAUUUAUCAAGUGAGUUUGAUGCCACCUCCCAGCAAGAGAAGUAAGGCUGCUAAACUGCGCAGACAGGCUCAACUUCUGCGUAAGCUUAACAAGCCUGUAGAGAAGCCUGUGGAGGAGACUGUGGAGGAGACUGUGGAGGAGCCCGUGGAGAAGCCUGUGGAGAAGACUGUAGAGGAGACUGUAGAGGAGACUGUAGAGGAGCCUGUGGAGGAGCCUCUGGAGAAGACUGUGCAGAAGAUUGUGGAGAAGCUCAUAGCUGAAGAACAGACUGAUGUCGAGGAAACAUCUGAGAAGAUAGAACUUUUCCAAAUUCCGAUAGAGAAUGAGUUUGCCAUGUGCUCAGAGGAUCUGGACCAUCUUCUUGCAUACAGUCAGUAAAUAUAUUGUAAAAAGAAGUGUAAAUAAAUGUCAUUUAUAAAUCC